AUUAUACCCGCCGUGAAGUGAAAGCACGGCUGUAUCAGUGCAGUCCUACAGUCCUCGACAGAAUACUGUCUUCAAAACAGCUACCCUGGACCCUAUAGGGAGUAGCCUAUUUCCACUGCAGUGAUGCCAGAAUCCACACAAGAGUUUCCAGACAUUUCCUAUGAUUCUUACAGGAACAAAGGGAAUCUCCUGGGUCAUUACACUCAGUCUACUAACUUUUAUAGUCCGAUAAGUGACUUUUGUACAGAAGACAACAUCCCAGAAUGUAUUUUGUACCUGAACCAGGAGGCUGCAUCCCUGGGUUUCCCUGCUGUCCAGCCAGACCCAGAGGGAGGUGACGGGGGGCUGGACGUGGAUGUGGUAUCCCUGCUGAACAGCAUGUAUGCCCUGCUGGAACGGCACCACCGGGUCCUGAGGGCCCUGGACCAGCUGGAGGCUGAGAGGCUCCGCAGUGUUGGCGACAUGCAGAGGCAGCAGCUCAGCCAAGGCCGGCUCAAGGAUCAACUUGAAAUAACCAAGAGGGAAAAUGCAAGACUUCAGGGAGAAAGGCAGCUGCAGUUAAAUAUUAAAAGCCUGAAGAAAUCUCUUAAAAAUGAAAAAGAGGAGGUGCAGAAGCUGCAGAACAUUCGAGCAAGUCGCUCUAUGCAGUACAAUCAUGAUAUGAAAAGAAAAGAAAGAGAAUACUACAAGCUGAAGGAGCAUUUAAAUCAGCUAUUGAUUGAUAAAAAGGAUAACAAACAAGCUAUUGAAGUUCUGAAUUGUGUGGGUAGAUCAGAUGGAAGGAGAGGUCAGUGGAAAACUAGAAAGACAGAAGCCAGGCAUGAGGAAGAGAUGUACCAGACUCUCCUGAAUGACUUCGAUAACCGUCAGCGCGAGCUGAUGCUGGAGAAUGUAGAGCUGCGGAAAGUGCUUCAGCAAAUCAAAAAAGAGAUGAUCAGUAUCUUAAGUCCAAAGCAGUCUAGCUGGAGAGAAGUGAGGCAGGAACACUGCGAAAACCAGGAUGUAGGUUCUGAUGAGGAGGUUGUGUGCGAAUCUGGCCGGGAUAGCUUGGAACAGAGCUGUGAGCAAGCCAAAGAAGAGCUAACUAACAGCAUUCGCCAGCAGUGGAGGAAACUCAAACACCACGUGGAAAAACUAGAUAGCCAAGUGUCCUUGGGUCACAUUCAGCAGAAGGACAGUGAGGUCAUGGCCAUAGAGGCCCAUGACAAGGAGAUGGACCAGCUCCGGCAGGAGAUCCAGCAGUGCAAGGACUUCAUCCACACGCAGCAGCAGCUCCUGCAGAGAAAACUCUUUGAAGAAGACCGUGGUACCUGGCUCAAACACCAGUUUCUCAACUUGUCAUUUGCAGAUCAUGUGAACCAACCAUUGUCAAAGUCUACGGGCGUCUUAUCAGAAUAUGUGGAGGUGUCUCCAGCUCCGUCGUCUCUGAGUGACGUUCUGUCUCAGAUGGUGUUCAGCCCCCCUGAGGGCUCAUCUGUGAGACCAUCGUCCUCCGCCGACUACCAGCAGACCCACCUCCCUCAGAGCAGGUUCUGAGAACUUCACACUCAUUCUACAGAAGGACGCAGAUGAAGGCCCACUCUCUGGACAGUGCUUCCCAGCACAGCUUUAUAGUGUCAGACAAGCUGCUUCACACACUGGAUCUUCAUCAGCUGGAGAAUUUUCCACUCUUACAGUCUGAAACUCCAUGCAUUACUCUUGUCCAUUUGUUAACAGUAAGAUCAGACCCCCGUUUGAAAGCCGGCAAGUAAAUAUAUGACUAAAUAUAGGUGCAAAUAGUUCAUCGUUUUAUUAUUAUUUAUGAUAGAAUCCAAUUAAUGUGGAGAAUGCUAGAUGAGACAUGUCUUGCCUACUUCAGGGAGCUGACAGAUGACAGAUGUUACAAUUAUUCAUACAGUGCAUUAAUAUAGUACCUUAUGCUUGUGAUUAAUGCUCAUAUAGACUAAAUGAAAACACCAAAUUAAUUUAAACAUACAGUAUACAGUAAUUUGUAUAAUAAUGUAUGGUCAAAACAUUUACAUUAUUUUUUGCAGUUUAAAAAAGGUUUUAUACCAUUAGGCUUUUAGAUAAGCUUACCACAUUACAAUAUGUAGUAUGUCUGCCAAUGCUCAGUUGGUGUAGAGAGCUCAUCAUUUUGUUACAACAUGCAACUCCAUUCCACAUUCUUUAUAAACUCACUGUUUAUAAUUUACACAUUUUGCCAGAAGGAAUUGCCAGUUGGUUAUUUAAUGUUAAAAUGUUUAUCUUUAUAUACACUUUAUAGAUAGUUUGGCUUUUUCCAAAUGCAUUGUACUUUUUUCAGUUCUAUUUAGUAUUUGUACUCAAACGUGCAUAGCAAUAUGGCUGAGGCCUGCUGUCCUUGGAUUAUAAUUGCCGCUGAUAACGUAUAUCACAGGAGUAAAAAAUUAUGUUAAGUUGUGCUUAAUUUAAUGCUUUCAGAUUAAAUUAAUACAUUCAUUACUA